CAUUGUUGGAUUUUAAAUUUUUAAUACAGAGUGAUUACUGUUUGACUUCAGACAUGGAGCUGGACAGGCGGCUGCUGCUGGCUCACUGCGCCGCUCACGCCCUGUCGGUCCUGGCGGGCUUGCUGGUGGUCGUCCCGAUGGCUCUCAAUGGCUCCGCUUUCAAAGGCCGCUGCGCACUCUUCUCGACCGGCUACUGGAGGACCGAGAACCGGGCCGAGCUGCCGGGGGAGCCGGGAGACAUGUCUCAUCUGGUGGUGCAGCAGUGGGGCCCACCGGCAGCCUGCCAGUUCGCUACGUUUGUGGGUAUUUUCACGGUGCUGUACGGAGCCGCGCAGGGCUGGAGGUGCCUCUUCUAUCUGCACGGACGGCACGACGACACUCUGUUUUCGUCCUUCCUGACGGUCCUGCUGAGUGUGUGCGUGCUCUUCCUGUCUGGAGGGGCCAGUGUCAUCUUGUCUCUGGGUCUGGUUUCCUGGUGCGACACUGUGACUGAUGCCAACACUCGACCUUACAGCUGUGCCGAGUCUGAGUCUGUCCCGCUUUACCUGGAUGUGGACACCUCCUCCUUCUACACGGAGCUCAGUCUGGCACAGGCGUCUCUGUGGUGUGUGACGGCUCUGUGGCUCACACAGUCCAUCCUGGCCUUCCUGCGGCUUUACCACUCACACAGCCAGCACAUCAGCGGGCCUUGUCUGCCCCGGGAGAAGGAUCUGCUGCUGGGUUACAGUCCGUCUGAAUGCUCCUCCACACCUCCUCCAACAACACCCACCAUCUUCGUCUAACAGGCAGUGAAGUGAGGUGGUGAUAAAAGUCUUCAAACGUAUCGCCACACUCUGAAGUUUGUUGCAUUUAGUUUUUUUUAUUUUGGUACCUUUCACAAAUGAUCGUGUAAUGAGCUGAUGUCUGAGCAGGGCCAACAUCGUUCAUUACAUCACACUGCCCUUCCUCACCCACACCCAACACCUCACUUUGAUUGUAAUUGUCAUAUCUUGAUGAUAACAUUCGAGAUAUUUUACUCUUUUCUGAUAAACCCAAAGAUCUUUGAGAAAUGUUAAAGGUUGUUUAACGACAGUCUCGUCAAUGUAACUUUGAAGAUAUUUCCAGGAUCCUCUGAAACUCCUCCGACCAUCUGGGUGAAAAAAUAUUCUGUACAUAUUUUGUGUUUUUUUUAAUUAUUAAAUUUAAAUAAAUAAAUUAGCAUAAGCAAAUAUAACUAAUAAGAAAACAGUUUAGCUCACAGCAUACAAAUUAUACAAUAUUUGGAUACAUAAAGUUUGUAAUUUCUUGUUACUACCUUUAUUUGAAUCAGCAAACAGAGUCAUUGUUAAAGGUGAAUAUUGCAAUUUUGAGAAAAUUUCAAUUAAUUGUUCAGCACUAAUAUUUUUUCAUCAAUAUUGUUAAAAGAGUCCUUGAGGACACUGGAAAUAUGUUGAGAAUCACAGAUCAUCUGAACUUAUUCUAUGACUCAAAUGUAAUGUUAACACAUACAUGACAGUCACAAACUGAAGCUGAACACAAGCUUUCUGGGGCCAAAAGGGAUUUAACGGAUAAUAAAGUAAGAAGGGUUCAUGUUCAGUGAUCUAAUAACAACAGUGUUAAUCUGACUCUGUUGAUUAUCCUCGUCAUUGAACCGUGACUUUGUGAAUUAAUGCAUUACAUUUAGUUUACGUCACUGACGACGCCUCAAACAACCAGAUGCUGUUGUUCCUACAGUCUGUGUUUAAUAUGCAUGUUUGUUUACAGCUCUGCUGAACGUUUGCACACUUGUGUCCUCAUCAGGGAGAAGACUUAUUAGUCUGUUCUGAGUGUUUUAUUCAGAUGGAGAACUGAGGCGCUUUUGUAGUGGAGCAUGUGGUGAGAGUGUGACUGAGCCACCGUGUACGUAAAAUAGGCUCACUGUGUGAGCAUGACCCGGAUGUUCUGUUGUGUAACGGAAAAAUCACCGCCACGCUUCUCUCUUCUUGUGACAAUUUUUAUCAUGAUGCUGUUUGUGUGGACGCGGCUAGUAGGAGGGUGUUAAUGAAGCUGUCAGAUCUUUUUAGAUGACCUGAGUCUGGGGGGUGAAGUAGAUUAGAGGUUUCUGUGGAGCCCAUGAGGGUCAGUGGAGGGGAAAGAAAUACAAACUUUGCUGAGUUUUUAAACACAUGAUGCAAAGUUGUUCCUAAACGUCUUUCCUGUUGUCUUUGACCCGAGCGGCCGUAAUGAAACACAGACAGCGGAGCAAGAAAUUUGAAGUAAAGAGAGAUGAGGCGGUUUUGUUGCUUGAAAUGAAUUUGUAAUUUAUAUUUAUGAAGUGUUUUUGUAUAACUGACAAUGGUCUUGCUUUUUACCUCUUGGAGCUGUAUGUGAUCAUUCAUAUUCCUGUUGUUGUUUUUUCUUUGGCAUUUGUUUGUUUGUCAAAUAAAAAGCUUCCCAUUAUGAAAGAGUUUUGUGUAACAGGCCUCUUUGACAUCUACAAAAGAUGUUCAAACUACAUAAAAGCCACACUGAGCAAUAUUUCUUAU